AUGCCCAAGGCAACAUCCUCUCGCUCCGCCGCCGGCCGCCGGCACAAUCCUCUAGCUGAGGAUUAUAUGACUGCUGGUCAUCUGAGAACUCAAUCGGCCAAAAAGUCCAGUCGCAAGUCUCGUGAGGGAGACGAACAAGAAGAUGGGGAGCGCUUCGUUGAUGCGAAGAUGUCCCGGAAGAUCCUGCAAAUCGGACAGGAACUGGCUGAUGAGGAUGCUGAAGAACAAAGAGCCACAGCAGGCGCUGCUGCUAAUAUGACGAACGCAGCCUUUGAUUUUGAGUCUCGCCUGGAAGGUGAUGAGGCCUUUUCCGAUGACGAAAAGUUCCAAGACGACCAAUGGGACGACGAAGAGGAAAUUGAGGAAGUUGAGGUCGACCCCGAUGACCUUGAUAUGUUCAACAAGUUCAUUCCUGCAGGCGACGAAGACCCGAUAUUCAACCCCAGUGGACCCGAAGCCGAAGGUCAGACUAGGAACCUAGCCGAUCUUAUUCUGGAGAAGAUCGCGGAACAUGAAGCGAAGCAGGGCGGAGAGAGCGGCGGGCCCUUCAUUCAGGGUGGUGGAUUACCGGAGGAUGCUGUUCAAAUACCCGCGAAAGCGGUAGAGGUAUAUGAAAAGGUUGGCAUGAUACUUUCUCGCUACAAAUCUGGACCUCUUCCGAAGCCCUUCAAGAUCCUUCCUUCCGUGCCCAACUGGCCCACCCUUCUCGAUAUUACACGGCCUGAGUCUUGGACGGCCAAUGCUGUCUAUGCCGGUACCAGAAUUUUCAUUUCGUCGAAGCCAGCAGUCGCACAGGAGUUCAUCGCGACAGUGCUCCUUGACCGUGUCCGGGAGGAAAUUCACGAGACCAAGAAGCUCAAUGUCCACACCUACAAUGCGUUGAAGAAAGCGCUAUACAAGCCCGCCUGUUUCUUCAAGGGCCUACUCUUCCCCUUGGUGUCGAGCGGAACCUGCACACUACGAGAAGCCCACAUUGUCUCUUCCGUCAUUGCACGUGUCUCUAUUCCGGUCUUGCACUCAGCUGCAGCAUUACUCCGCAUGUGUGAUCUCGCUGCUGAACAGUCGUUGCGCUCUUUGGAAAGUACCGGUGCAGUGAACAUGUUCAUUCGCGUUUUCCUGGAGAAGAAGUAUGCGCUUCCCUACAAGGUGAUUGACGCCCUCGUCUUCCAUUUCCUGCGCUUCCGUGCUACCGACAAUGAUGCCAUGAUGACCGAUGGAUCCCGUGAAGCCAACAAGGUUUACAAGCUUCCUGUCCUUUGGCACCAGUCUCUGCUGGUGUUUGCGCAACGCUACCGCAAUGAUAUCACCGAGGAUCAGCGUGAGGCGCUUUUGGAUUUGCUUUUGGUCCGUGGACACAAGGAUAUCGGACCCGAGGUCAGGCGGGAACUGCUGGCAGGUAGAGGACGAGGUGUGGUUGCACCAGACCCGGAGAACCAAGGUGCUAUUGAUGCCGGUGAUGAUACGAUGGAUGUCACGUUAUAG